CAAAGAUUAACAAGAAAAAAAAGAAAGAGUUAUUGCUUGACUAAUGUUUUUCUCUUCCAGGUGUCAUACAUAUUGUGAACCCUAGUCGAUGGAUUUAUUACCUUUAAUACAAGAAUAUUUUACCUGUACUUUCUCCAUAGGCUAGAAAUCUUGAAGCAUGGGCGACUGGAGCUUUCUGGGGCGGCUGUUGGAGAACGCUCAGGAGCACUCAACGGUCAUCGGCAAAGUCUGGCUGACUGUCCUCUUCAUCUUCAGGAUCCUGGUGCUGGGGGCCGCGGCUGAAGAGGUCUGGGGCGACGAGCAGUCUGACUUCACCUGCAACACCCAACAGCCCGGUUGCGAGAACGUCUGCUACGACGAGGCCUUCCCCAUUUCGCACAUCCGCUUCUGGGUGCUGCAGAUCAUCUUCGUGUCCACGCCGACCCUCAUCUACCUGGGCCAUGUGCUACACAUCGUCCGCAUGGAGGAGAAGCGGAAAGAGAAGGAGGAGGAGCUGCGCAAAGCAAACAGGUUGCAAGAGGAGAAAGAACUCCUUUAUAGAAAUGGUGGAGAUGCAGCAGGAGGAGGCGGCAAGAAGGAGAAGCCGCCAAUCAGGGACGAGCACGGCAAAAUCCGUAUCAGAGGCGCAUUGCUGCGUACCUAUGUGUUCAACAUUAUUUUCAAGACCCUGUUUGAAGUGGGAUUCAUUUUGGGCCAGUAUUUCCUCUAUGGCUUCCGGCUGAGGCCCCUGUACAAGUGUGCACGUUGGCCCUGCCCCAACACCGUUGACUGCUUCAUAUCGAGGCCCACUGAAAAGACUAUUUUUAUUAUAUUUAUGCUUGUGGUGGCUUGCGUGUCUCUUUUGCUGAAUUUGUUAGAGAUCUAUCACCUUGGAUGGAAGAAAGUUAAACAGGGCAUGACAAAUGAGUUUGCCCCCGACCACAUGUCGCUGCGCCACGUCGACAUUGCGGAGCCCGAGUGUUUGGCCUCGGCCUCCAGAACUGCCCCAUCCAGCCUCAGCUACCCUCCCAACUACACAGAUGUUACGGCAGGGAGCGGGGCGUUCCUGCCGCCCAUGGGGCCGGCAGCCGUGCCCUCAGCAGCAGAGUUCAAGAUGGACGACCUCCAGCAGGAGGAGUCCCUCCGCCAGCCCUCCCCCUCUUCCCACUACUACAUCAGCAACAACAACAACCACAGGCUGGCCACGCAGCAGAACUGGGCCAAUCUGGCCACCGAGCAGCAGACUCGGGAGAUGAAGGCCACCUCCCCCUCCCCAUCCUCCUCUUCCUCCGCCAGCAACGACAACGAGCAGCAGCAACAGCAGCCCGUCGACGCUGCGCUGCACCUUCCCACCAGCAACACCACCAGCAACACCAACAUCACCAACACAACCGCCACUGCCGCCUCCAGCAGCGGCAGCCCCGGCUCUGCCUCCAACGCAGGCAGCUGGGGCGGGGGGAAGAGCGAGCAGGAGGACGGCCACGUCACCACCACCACAGUGGAGAUGCACGAGCCUCCAGUAACGGUCAGCACAGACCCCCGGCGGCUCAGUCGGGCCAGCAAGAGCAGCAGCAUCAGGGCCAGGCCGAACGACCUGGCUGUCUAAACCUCUUCAGCCCCUUUCAUGUCCCUAAACCCUCCCUGACCAACAGCCCGCUUCCCUCAACCGCUCCCCAAACACAGUGAUUCUCAGACAACAACAACAAAAAAAAUCACACACAUGCAUAAGAAAAGAAAAGAAAAAUUAAAAAAAAAAUUAAAAAAAAUUGAAAAACAAAACAAAAAAAACCCCAAAACAUCAGAAGGCGACGAGCGACAGGAAAGCAGAAAGAAAGAAAGAAAAAACGUUUAGGCAAAUGUGAAAUGACCUGAUCAGCAGCAGUUGUUGAUUUAGUGCGAUCGGUGAGUUGCAGAGUAGUUGAGGCAAGGUUUGUUUGUUUGGAUGGUCUUAAUUUAUACACACACAAUGUGAUUAUGCAGUGCUACAAGGUCGGGAGGCUCCGCUCACAGCGGUGGAUGGAGCGAAGGACGUUGUAAUGUCACGGACUCACCAUAGUGUUUUGGUUUUGGGAGGGAAGAUCUCAUGGUGUUUCUCUACUUUCUCUUCUUCUUCACGACCCUAAAGGACUAAUUACUCCAAAUGAAAAUGAUCUUUUUGUUUUUUUUCUUUAUUUCAUCUGGAGGAAGCACAGGAAGCACAUUGUUGUACACUUCAGUUAUUGGAUGUGUAGCCAGAAAACUGCUCAUAUAUCUUGUUAAUCAUUUUUUUAUCUGGUUUUCACAGUCAGCUCAGCAGCACAAACAUGCACUACGUGUUGCACUACGUGUUACAGCUUCUUCACCUGUGACCUGGAAAGUCUUUUCACUGCAGCACUUCCUGAUUUUUUUUUUUUUUUUGCAAAAACAAAACACCUGUCUGGAAGUGAUUUUUAUCAACAAACAUAACAUCGUGUAUCGUGUUCCUCGUAGUCGCACACGCCUACAACUCACCGAUUCACUCACAAGUCGGCGUAGACGCAGUGUGGACCGGGAUGUGGGUCAAAACAAACCCCUUCCCCCUCCCCCGCUGGUAGAAGUCAUCCCUGUGAGGCCCAGAAUGCACCUGGGUCUCUCGGAAAAAACGCCACAUUUGCCACGAAUCACAUAGAGAUCAAAAGGUUCCCACCACACUACUGAGGAAAAGUAGGAGCAGAGUCCCUCACGCCUGCCUCUGUCAGUGUCGCCUUCAGUCAACAUGUCUGAAAAUUUAAAAACGCUCUCCAAUAACUGCACAAAUGACGAGAUACUGCCUUCAAAGAAUCUUGAAGAUAUUAUGCAAAAUACACGACAGCCACCAUCUGAUUUAUCUGAUAUUCAUUCAGACAACCUCCCGAAGCUCUUUGCUCAGACUUGAAACAGCCAAAUUUUUUAAUUUUUUUUUUUUUUAUAGUUAGAUUGUUGGCAGAUAUAUAUUUUUUUGCCCUAAAAAACCCACAACUUCCUUUUUAACCAUCACACCAAAGAGCGACUCUGGGAGUGAAACGAUUUUCACCGUCAUUGGUUUUAUUCUGAGAAGUGCUAUUUUUUUAAAAACUGAAUUGAAUUUUACUCAUAAAUUGCAUAAUUGUAGUAGUCAGUUUGUGAUUGCGAAACAGCUACGAUUUAAAAAUUAAAAAUUAAAAAAAUGACAAAAAAAUGACAAAAAAAACAAAAAAAAAAGACAAAAACGACUGGCGUUGCGAGUAUUGAAACGCCACGGUGCAGUCGACCUCGACGGCUUCUACUUUGUUGUGUUCAUCUUGAUUCUUAGAGAUCUUUAGAAAACCCACACCUUUAACUGAAUCCAUCAGCAGUCACAGUCCUCUGUCUCUGUUGUGUUACUGUGCUGUUCGGUUCAUUCACAGCCCAGGCACUCACUUUCAAAAAGCUUUUUAUUUUUAUUUAACUUUACAACAACCUUAAUUCACUGUGUUAUCCUGUGAAUUCACCUCUGGGACAGGUGUUGCAAGUACACAGUAACACCGUGUGGACACACUCAGUAAUCUGCAUUGGAGAUAUUGCACACACAGGGUAUAACAACACAAUUAAAUACAAACAUGUUUGUGCACAGUCAACACUUUUCCAGUAGUUAAUGUGCAGGUUAAUACACUGGAGUAAGAGAAACGUAAAGUGGUACCAGCUGUUUGUUUUUUUUUUUUGAAUCAUUUUUCAGGGGGGUGGGGGGGGUUACAAAAUGAUGGUACUGUAUGGUGUAAGAGUAUCUGUACCCAUAAAGGUAUAAUGUUUCAUACUGUUUCUUACUUGCUUAAGUGACAUUUAGUGCCAACAGAAACACAAAGAGGAGAAUAAACACCUGCACAACACACAGGUAAAAGCAGCCUUUCCCAAUUCAUGUUUCUUGUUCAAAAUCACAAAAAAAACUUUGUUAUCUGCAUUUGUUUUUGAUUCCUAAAGUUUACAUUUUGGUAGUUGAUAAAGAUUUGCACAUUUAGGAAAGAAAAUUGCUGUUCUACAAUGCUAAUAUUGGUAGUAAUAGAGGGAGAAAGAGAGAGAGAGAGAGAGAGAGCGUGAUGUCGAACUGCCAAUCUCUAUGAUCCUCAAAGGAAAAAAUGUCUUAAAACCGAAACGCAGUGGCUCUUCACAGAAAAGGCAGUAUUAAAAAAAGAAACUGUUAUUUAUCUCAAGCUCAGAUAAUGAAUUGAUGAGUUUGAAGAUUUAAAAAAAGGAAGAAAAAAAAAAAACAGCAGCGAGAGAGAGAAAAAACAGUUGGGGUAUUUUUCUGUGUUCACUCAGUAUGUUCUCACAGACUGGUCGGGACUCUGGUCAGACGUCGUAUCAGACGACUCCACUGUUGAGACAGUGUUAGCUGGGUAGCUGGCCCUUCCCUAACCCCGCAUACGAAGCCCUGACAGGAUGUUGUGUUCGAAGCCCGUCGUCCCUGUAACUCCUCCAAACUCUCUCCUCUUACGUUUCAUGCAGAGCAUGAUUUCUCUGGCUCGUCAGGGAGUAGGAACCAUCUCACAAUGCUCAGAACAGCAGCCUGUUUUCAAUGCUGUCUUAAACAAGAGAAGUGCCUUGUGUAUGAAUGAUUCUUUUGUAAGAACAAGUUGAUGUAAAUGUUCAUUUACCUCAAAUGUUUACAAAACUGUUACUAAAUAAAUUUUUUGUACCAUAUUUGUUGUCCCUGCUUUUGCUUUACAUGUUGAUUCCCACACGCAUCAGUGCAGAGCUGGAGACUUGAAACACGUGACUUGACCUUGACUUAAUAUUAAAGUUUGUCAGAUAUUUCAGAUUUAGACUUAGAGGAUUUUUGCCUGUCCUCCAUCUUUAUAGCUCAGAGGAGAGGAACACGGUUACAUACUGGACCAAACUUAUCUUAAAAGAAACAGAAACAAGAUCUGACCUGAGACGCAGCUGAUUCCCUGCAAAGUGAGAAAAACCUGCAGGGCUCAGCGUUGAAGACCGCUGCCUCAGAAAGACUUGAAACACUCGUUAGCUUUCAGCUUUUCUAAGCACGUGAAAUAAUGAAGGUACUGAUUUAUCAAACGGUCAGCAAUGCAAGCGCAGGCAUGAAUGGGGGUUGAACCCAUGAUCUUUGGUUUACGAGACCAACGCCUUACCACUUGGCCACCAUGCCACAAAAGUGUGUCUACUAUCAAUGAUACAGAAAGAUAAAAUGUGAAAUAUCUCAAUUGUUUACAGGAUCAAAUGUUCAAACAAUAAUCUAGAUAUCUCAUAAAAUCAGAAGAUGUGAUGUUAUAAAGUUUAGGGGGGUGGGAAAGUUCACUCUUGACUCUGUAAAGUGCUGUCCGUAAUUUGUCGAUGUCAUGCUUGUGUAGAGACCAUCAAAUACGUUAUUUAUUCUCUGUCAGAUGCAGUUUCUACAGGUUUCAAAUUACACUACAUAAGUCAAAAUAUAUGUUUACUUUUAAUUACUGACUUAUGAAAAUAUUCAGAAAAGUCACUCAGUUAUAUCACUAGUUAUAUUCUCUAUUUGCUUUUUCUGUACAUUUAAAAAAGUGUGUUUUUAGCUGAUGUUUUUAAACAGAAGUAGCGCUAUGGAAACAUCAUAGUUUAGGGGCCAUGACAAAUAUAAUUAUCACUGUUUUCUCAUUGUAAAGCUGGAGAAAUUUACAAGACAGCCAACAUAUCCAGCACUUAUAUACAUCAGCAUGAGGAAAGCUUUGGAGUGUCUUCGGCAUUACUCUCUUUGUAGACUCUUUGGCCUCCGACCUCCCAGCAGCUCACUCCCUCACUCUGCAUUCAGACAGCGAAUGUCAAAAUGCGACACUGAGCCAGAGACACG